AUGUGUUUUAGGGUCUUAGUCACUCAUGUUGAGAGAUUUAAGUCAGACUCUCACUUAAUAACAUGGCACAUUCCACACAUGUAUUCUGACAAUAUGAAGGAAAAAUCAACAACAGUUAUGUUAGGUAUUCAAUUAUUCAAUGAAAAUAAACUAGAUGAAAUGUGCAAAAUAAUGGAGAAGCAUCACCAAUAUGUACCUCAGUUGAAACAAGUGGAAAAAGUUCUAUCACCAAGUGGAGAUAUUGAUGAGGUACAUAAGCUAAAGACAUGGGACACACUUUUUGGGGGCGACCAAUUGACUGUUGCUCGUGCUCGUGGUGCUAAAACUAUCAGAAGUGGCCAUGAAGAACCUGAGGAGCAACUGAAAGGAUUAACACCAGUACUGGAAGAUUGGCACUCAAGAAUGACAUUAAUGAAAGUGAUAUGGAAAAGGUUGUUCAAGAAGGAAUCAUUGAGAGACAAAGGGACACUUUCUCAACUUAAAAUUCUUAUAAGUCGUACAUCAGUUCCAUUGGAUCCCGAAAAAAACAUGCAAGCAGCUGAAGAUUUUUUUCAACUUGUACUUGAUGCUCACAUUGUUGCUGCAGCUGAAAAUGGAUUAAUGAAGGAUGACAGUACACUAGAAGAAGUAGCAAUGGCAAUCAUCGAUUCUUAUGUUCGUUUGGAACCCAAUAAUGUAACUCAUGUAGAUGCUAUCAAUACUUACGCAUGUGAAGUCAUAACUCUUGGUUUAAUCUGGGCUAAUUUUUAUGAUUCGAUUAGAGAAGGAGAUGGGCAUAGAAUCAUGCAAAUUUGGAAGUUUUUACUACUAAUCUUUUCUAAAACUGGUCAUAAAAACUAUGCCAAAGAGGCUGCCAUUCUACUAAUAUCUGUUAAGUUCUUGUCUUCAGAAAGAUUAUCUGCUCAAAUUUUGACAGGACGAUUUGUGAAUACCAAAGGCCGAGAGGGAUGUAACAUGCCUUGUGACUUAUAUCUAGAACAUUUAAAUCGCCGUUUAAAGAAAGUAAUAAGACACCUAGGAUCAAAUGUGCAGCCUUCUUCUAUUGAACGGGCAGCAAAAGCUAUUGGAAUUGUAGAUCACAUAUGCAAAGUAUUUCGUGAGUCUCUGAGUGUCCCUUCCAAUUCAGAUAAACACUCAAAGCCUCCACAUGGAAAGGACUUCCAGAAGGUUUUAUGGCAAUUGAAUGAGAGUGAAAUAUUUGCACGUACAAGUUUAAGACAUCAUGAAAAAAUAUCACUUAGGAAUUGCUUACUAGAGACAGUUGAUUAUGAUCAAGUUACAAGCUGGCUAAUUGAACGUAUUAUUCCUUCUAUUAUUUUUUGA